GGCAUGUAUGCGAGCGUCCAGAUGGCAAACGUUUAGUCAUGGUGUUUAUAAAGUGCUCAAACCACACACACAGGCAAAGAAUGGAGCCCAAGAAGAAGGAUUUCGAGGGAACGGGCAAGCUGUACGCACCUCAAGAGCAGCUCAAGGACGUUGCUCGUGUCCAAGAAUUGGACGAAUCGGUGGGGCAAGGAUCGCUCUACGCGCCCCCAAAGCGUGGGACUGCUGUAAUUCAAGCCUCCAAGGAGGUGGCGUCGGAUGUGAGAGCCGCUCUCGUGCUGAUGAGGGACACGGUGAUGGAGAAGCUCGCUGUGCUUCCUCUACCUGUGGAAGCUGUGGAGGCGGGGAGGAAGUCCAUGGAGAACCUGAUCAAGGAGGUGUCUCACACUUACGACAACGCCAAGGGUGCCGUUCAAAAGACCAAGGACCGCAUUGCAGAAUCGAUCAUGCCCCCAAAUCCUGCAAAAGACGCCAGCCAGGUGGCAGAGGAAGUAGACCAUACUGUUUUGGAGAAUACCGAAGGCCGUGUCCCUGAAACCCAUCACUCAAAGGCCUACGAGAAUGUCACUAGUGGUAGUGCCUCAGCGGAUGCUGCCAAGAUCAAAGCUCGCUUGUAAACUUGUUAUUUGCUAUAAUGCGCUUGCUGUUGCGUGUUCCGGUCAUGCUAGAAUUUCCGCAACAAAUCUGGUUGUAGGUGACUUGAUUU